AUGGAAACCAAACCAUCACAUCCACAUUCAUCAUCUAUACCAUCAACAUCAUCAUCAUCAUCAAUUUCCUCACCUUCAGCAACAGCAUCACCUUCUACAGACAUUACCUGUGAUCAAAAGAUUGAAUUUCAUGAAGAAACCAAUGAUAACGUUGUAACAAACGGAUCACCAUUUGUACCGCCAUCAUCAUUAUCAUCCACCGAACCUUGUACCACUCUUGUCAUCACUACUGCCAGUGAUUCCGUUGACACUCUGAACAACGAUAAUAAAGAAGAUCAUGUCAGAAAGACAUCUAGUCCACCAUCAGUAUCACUUCAACGAUCAGCAACUGAUUUUUCCACACCAUCAGCUACUUUAGCUCCACCUCAUCCUGUUACUCAUGAUACUAAAACAAACAAACCAUAUUCUAUUUUUUCAAAACGACAAAAAGGUAUGAUUGUUAUUCUGGCCGCCUUGUCCAGUUUUAUUUCUCCUUUUUCGGCCAACAUCUAUUUCCCUGCUUUGAAUACGAUACGCAUCGAUUUGAACACGACGGCUGAGAUGAUUAGUUUGACGGUAACUGUGUAUAUGAUCUUCCAGGGUCUCUCACCCUCCUUUUGGGGAAGCUUAUCUGACAGCUGGGGUAGACGGCCAGUAUAUCUGAUGACUCUAUUUAUUUACGUGUUGGCAUGUAUUGGUUUAUUCUAUACACCAAACUACACAGCCUUAUUAAUAUUACGGAUGUUACAAGCUGUAGGAUCAAGCUCUGUUAUUGCUAUAGGGGCUGGAACAAUAGGUGAUAUUGCUGGUCCAUCAGAAAGAGGUGGUUACAUGGGUGUAUACGGUCUUGGAUCUAUGUUAGGUCCUAUCCUUGGUCCUGUUUUGGGUGGUACUAUUUCAUCUACCUUGGGCUGGAGAUGGAUUUUUGGCAUUCUUGCCAUUUUUACAGGAUGUUUGCUAUUGGGACUAUUUUUCUUGUUACCAGAAACUCUUCGAUCACUUGUAGGGGAUGGGUCUGUCUAUGCUAAUCCUACGCCAUACCAAUAUUUUACGGAACGACAUCGAAAGAAAAAAGAACAACAAAUAGAUAUUUUUAUUAAUCACAAAAAAAGUCGUUUUCUUGUACUUCCGAAUCCAUUCGUAUCAUUAGCAUAUCUCAUGGAAAAAGAUGUAGCUGUGGUGUUGAUGUAUAACGCAUUACAAUAUGCUUCCUUUUAUUGUGUUCUUACUAGCCUAUCUGGUCUUUUAAGCAAGCUCUAUGGAUUGAAUGAAUUUGAAAUUGGAUUUUGUUAUUUGGCCAGUGGACUAGGAGCUGGAAUGGGUUCUAUGGCAUCAGGAAGAAUCAUGGAUUGGCAAUUUAAACGACUUGCAAAGAAAAUGGGAAUGGAAGAUCAUGAAUUGAAAAGAGGGAAAAUGCCCCUUGAAUUCCCCUUAGAGCAAGCUCGAAUGAAUUUUACUUGGGUCUAUGGUAUUUUCUUUUGUAUGGCCAUGAUCACUUACGGUUGGUGCCUUGAAAUCAAAAUUCCUUUGCCUUUGGUACUUGUUUUCAAAUGCAUCAUGGGAUUCUCUGUCACAGCAACUCACAAUGCAACAACAACUCUACUGGUUGAUCUUUUCCCUAAUAACUCUGCUGCCAUUGUUGCAUCGAAUAAUAUUGUCAGAUGCCUCUUAGGUGCUGUAGCAGUUCUAGCGAUCAAUCCUGGUAUCUACGCUUUGGGCAUUGGAUGGAUGUUUACUGCAAUUUCUUCCGUACUGUUUUUAUCUCGUGCAUUGAUCAUCAUCGAGCUCAAGUUGGGUCCUAAAUGGAGAGUACAAAGAAUUGAAAGAAUCGAGACAGAGAAGAAUACAGUAUCCACAAUCCAUUCAUCAUGA